UAGUAAAUUUUCAUACGCUGACUACUUUUUUCUUUAUUCCUUUUACUAUAAUUCCGCUGAAUCUCAUUCAUUUUUUCUCUAUUAUGUUUUCGGUAAUUUCGACGAUAUUCGUGCAACUUUUCCUUAUUUUUUUCAUAAUAUUCUUUAUUAUAGUUACCUUUGUUAUUCACUUUGUCUUCUCCAUUAUUUCUAUCCGUGUCCUUUUUUGUCAACGUUUCUUUAUAUUUUUGAAGUUGAGGAUUGAUCGAAGAUUCUGCCCCAUCAUUUAA